AAUGCGUAUAAGUACUGUACUUACUUAACAAGUCAAAUCACAAAGUUGGUAGCGAUAAGCUGAUUUAUACAUUUGCUACCAGUUGCACUUUCACAUAUCCCGCAUUAUCGUGUCAUAAUAGCCUUUAUGCGUAACCUAUUAUUGUACAAUACACUCACUGUCUGCACGUCUGCUUCAGAAGUUUCACUUUGCUUGUAAUUUAGAAUCAACUUAAAAGCCCAGCACCUCUUGAUCCAACAAACGCAACCGCUCCUUUAUAGUGCUAUGAAUUUUCAGUGCAAGUUGUAAAUCCCUCUCUUUAUUAUUAUCAACGGCACACUAGUUAAUAAUUGGUCAGGUUAUUUUUUGUACUGUACUGUGCAUUGUGCAAGGGAUUGAAAGAGAAAGCACAUCGAAAUCCGAAUGCCGUCAUUGUACCGGACUGACAUGUUGAAAACCAUACGGCCAGAUUGACUAUCAUCAGCCCAUCGAAUUUUAUUGAAAGGUUGUUUCAUCUCGUUUACUCGCUUUGUACGUAUUUGCUCAACAUGAACGACACGGUCGACACCCAUCAACGCCCAUUAAGUAAUUCACUGCGGACACAUCGCAUUGGGGAAUCGUUAAGCACUCUGCAAACAUCCGAUUUUAACGAUAACGCUAACCGUAUAAGCAUACCGGCAGAGGUUAUUAAUGCUAAACACCUGGAAUUCAGUAAUGCCAGUACAGCUGAGAAUGAGAAGCGUCUACCAAGUGCGCCACAUUCCGGUGAUACGCCUGGUGAUGCGCCGCGGAAAGGUCACACCGAUGAACCUGUUACGCUCAUCAAAUACGCUAUUCAUACCAGUCCGCUGCAUCAUGGUUACGUCGGCAAACAGCAUCAUGAUAAUCCCGAGCACAUCAUCCAACCGGCCCUGCAGCCGCCCUCAGUUGCGCCUCCUCCGCUGCCCUCGCAGACCGUUUCCGCGCAUUAUCCCAGCUCCUCAGCCGAGCGACCAUCGGAUUCGCUUAUCAGCAAUCUGGGAACGGCCUCGCAUCUGGAUCUGCCGCCCAGUGAGUUAACCGUGGAGAAAAAUGAACCUUACUGGACCAAUGAAGAUCUGAAUGAAGAGGAUCGAGCCAAAGCCAUCAAAUGGGCAGCCGGUGUACUAGACAAUCAGCAUAAUGAUUUCCUCCCGGAAAUGGUUAUGCGCACCGGCUUCCAGAUUAAACUAUAUCAUCUGUGGUUCCCGCUGGAUAUUGCUGUCGACCAACGAAAUCACCGGUUCACCUUUACCUAUGCCGAGAAUUUGUUGCAAUUAUGGCAGAAAAAACCGAUAGCUCACCGCGUUGACAUAAACGAGAUCAUGACGGAGAAGCCGCAAUCGCGCAAGCACACAUAUCCACCAGAAGAACGCCGUGAUCGAUUGCAUUUCUCCAAACGACGCUUGAAUCUGAUUCGCACCGACGGACAAGGAAAGUACCAUCUGAUGGCGCCAUCUCGAGAAUUCCGUGACAAACUGCUUGAUGCCAUAUUUCUUAUACAUCAUCCCGCAAGUUCUACAUCGUUGUAAAUACUAAACAGAAAUAAAUGUAGAACUUUCUCUCUGCUAGUUUGAAAAACUCUAUGGAGGGUCACACGCGCAAGUAUUUUCUAAUUGCUUCUGUGAAAUCAUUGUGGAGCGCCGUUUUGUGCUUUAUACAAGUGCAGACUGUGCGGUCGUGGUUUACAUUUAAUUUAGCAAUUCGACGUUUCCCUUGCAUUUUUUACUCUUCUGCUUUCUUUAAAGAUGUCAAACACUUUUAUUAUAAUAUCGCUCUACUCUCACUGCAUAAAAGCUUCAUGUUGAUUAGUGCAGAAAUAUGUAAUUACUUAAUAAAGGC